AUGUCGCACUUUGCUUUUACGUAUUUGUGUAACUUCGAUGCUCAUAGGUUUUCUUCUCCUUCCUUUGUGCAGGUGGUGCGUCAGUUUGGUGGAGAGGCAGAGCGACACUUGUACAGAGUGCUUAUUGGAAACCUGGAGUGGUCUGGGCCGCAAAGUGGAGAAACUCAUCGCCCUUCCCCCAAUAAUAACAAUAAUAAUAAUAAGGAUAAGGAACCUCCCUCCAGUGUAAGUGUAGCCACCCUUGGGUGGUGUUCUGCAAGUGGUGGGGCCAGUGCACUGCUCCUGCAACACUUAUCUGCCACCCUUCCUCACACAAUUUUCAUUGCUAAUCUUGCCUUUGCUAUUGCCAACCCACCAAGCCCCAGCAAGUACAUCAAAGCACAGUGGGUUAGUAGCGUGUGCAAAGUUCUACGAUUGUCACGUGUACAGGAAAUUACGUUAAGUUUAACCUUACUUCAAGCAACAAGUGUAGAAGUUCGUAAUCAAGCGAUAGCUCUUCUUAAAGCCAAACUACCAGAUCUUGUUCGUGCAUACGUUGAUACAGAAUCAGGGGACCGAGAGCUCUUGGAACUUCCAACUGAAGCUCUUCACCAGCUACUUGCACAGAUCGUCCAGUUGUGGAGAGAUCCACCUGCUGCUCUCUUGCCUCAGGAAUCCAGGCAAGCGUUCAUCUGUGCUUUACAGCGAGAAUUCCCUCGCUCUCGUGUUCCUGUUGUUCUUGCUCCCCUCCUCUACCCUGAUUCAGACGUCCUGAUGGAGAAGAUUACACAAGAGCCACCAGCCAAUAUGGCUAAGAACCUGCUUGAUGGUUCAUUAGCUGAUCUUGUUUUGGAACUCGGCUAUAGUUUUUGCAACACUGUAGAGGAAUGUAGGAGUAACCUGAUGAACUUUGGAGUUAGUUCCAUAACUCCAGCAGCUGUUGCCAAAGUUUUAGGUGUUAUGGUCAGGACUCACACAGGCCUCCCAUCAGAACAGAUUGGACUGCAGAACUUGAAUUCACCAAGCUCCCUGUGGAGUGACAACAAAGAUAAAUCAUCCAGCAGUCAGUCCCAACCAGUCAGUGGGAAUGAUUCCAAUUUGGGUGGUUCGGGUAAUAUUGCUGGACCUCAUGGAUGGAAUGUUGAAGUGUUUGUAAAAGCACUUCUUGAAGUGGUACCAAGUUUGAAUCUUAAGGAUGUCUUUGCCAAGCUAGAUCACAAGGGUUUUUUGGUGAAAGACAGACAAGGUUUAAAACUCCUUAUCACUGCGCUCAGGUCAUUACUUCAAGGACAAGGUAUGCGGCAGGAAGUUUUCCCAGUGGAUUGCUUUUAUAUGCAGUGGAAGAAUAGUGAGGAGCAACUCAGUCUUUUUACGGAGAUUCUCAAAAGCCCAGAUAUAUUUUGCUUCACAGAAUACCCGUGUGUGCUAGUGGCUACAGAUUGCCUUAAAAGUUUACCUGAUUUAGAAAAUAAAGAGAUUGCAACAUGGAGGUCAAUGCAGUUAUUGGAAACACUCUUGUACCUAGGAGAAGCAGGCCACUACGCAGUAGUGAAAGAACUUUUCAAAUUUCCAAUUCAGCAUUGUCCAGAUAUUUUGGUGUUAGGUUUAGUUCAGGCAACAUUUCCAUACACGAUGUUGCGCCAAGACUUAAUUGCCUCGCUUAUACCCAUCUUCCUGGGGAAUCAUCCAAAUGCAGCUAUUAUUUUGCACAAUGCUUGGCAUACUCAGAACAAUACCACUACUGUACGCCAAAUAGUAAUGCAUGCGAUGGCAGAGUGGUACAUGAUGGUGGAGAAUGAUCAGACAAGAUUAGGCAGAAUUUUGGAUGUUGCUCAAGACUUGAAGGCACUCUCUCUCUUACUCAAUGCCCAGCCUUUUCCGUUCGUUGUUGAUUUGGCCUGUCUUGCUUAUAGACGUGAAUUUCUCAAAUUGGAUAAGUGGUUGACGGACAAAAUUCGGGAGCAUGGUGAGGCAUUCAUUUCUGCUUGUGUCAAAUUUCUCCAGAAACGCUGUCCACAGCUUAUGGGUGGCAAAGAUGACAUAAUGCCCAAAUCCUCGCAGCUUCCUCCAGAGACAAUGGCUACAAUACUUGUAUGCCUUAAUGCUUGUGUCCUGAAUGUUACUGAUGAGUUGGCAGACACAAUAAUGACCAUGUUUCAGCAUUGCAGUCUGUUAUCUCAGUCUCAGCGUCCAAGAACACAGCAACAGAUUGGAUUUCCUGGUGGGGCAUCGGCCCAGGCUGGUGAAGGUACUCUUGGGGGUAUUGCUUCCAAUUUGGGUAACCUUAGCAUUGGCGCUACUGGUGGAGCCUCUUCGACCAUGUUUCCAGCUCCUUCCUCGACUGCAGUGCCUUUGAGUGGAUCACUGGGGACAGCACCAGGAUCUCCAGGACGUCCACUAGGACCUUUAUCAGCACCUGGGACAUCACAGUCACCUCUGUCAUCCAUUGCAUCAGCCAUUGGAUUACCUGCCUUGCAGAUGCCUCCUACCCUACCUCCACCAGUAGGGUCGCAACUCCCAGCACUCCCUACGUCAUCAAUAAUCCCGUCAACACUCAGGUCGCAGUCUGUGCAGCCUACUAAUGCACCUAUGAGGCAAAUGGACAUUACUCAAAUCUUUGACAUGCCUGCACUUGUUACCAAAGAAGUUGAAGAUGAAGCGAAUAGUUACUUCCAGCGUAUUUACAACCAUCCUCCUCAUCCCACCUUAUCCAUUGAGGAGGUAUUGGAAAUGCUGAAAAAGUUUCAUGAUUCCUCUAAUAAGAGAGAGCGAGAAGUAUACUCAUGUAUGCUUCGAAACUUAUUUGAAGAGUACAAGUUUUUUCCUACGUACCCAGACAAAGAACUUUUUACUACAGCACGACUUUUUGGGGGCAUUAUUGAACAAGGCUUAGUAGAGUACAUGGCCUUAGGUGUUGCCCUUCGCUUUGUAAUGGAAGCCCUCCAUAAACCACAUGGAUCAAAAAUGUAUUAUUUUGGUAUAGUUGCUUUAGAUAAGUAUCGAAGCCGUCUUAAAGAGUAUCCACGAUACUGUCAGCAUUUGAUGGCAAUACCGCACUUCAAUGAAUUCCCACCGCAUCUUAUAGAGUAUAUCAAAUAUGGCACUCAGUCACAAGAGCCGCCUUCUCGUCCUUCGGGUGUUGUAUUACCUCCAUCCAUGAAUGUGUCUCCCAGUACUCCAGCACCGUCUUCAACCACUGCAAGUGCUUCAGCAGCUGUGAGCACUGUUGGUGUUCCUCCCUCAUCAGCUGUUACCUCAGUAGUGACAUCUGUUGUUAAAACAAUGACUGCAACAACUACAACUACCACCACCUCUGCUGUUACCCGCCCUCAGUCAAUUACAGGCGCUUCGGCGGCAGUUGGUUCAGGAAAGGUUGCCUUUACUAUGACGACGACAAAUAUCGAAACUCUUCUCGUAGCAACAGAAAAAGAAGACACGCCACCACCAGAACAUAUUCAAGAUAAGAUUGCCUUCAUUUUUAAUAAUCUUUCACAAGUGAAUCUCCCUCAGAAGUCUUCAAAAUACCGUGUAGAUUCAUCUGUUUCACAUAAUGCUGGAAAGCUGAUGCUGAGCCUUGCCCGGCUGUUGGAGAGUGAUACAUCUGGAUCCAUUCCCGCAACAGAACUUCAGUCUUUUCCUGCAAAGCAGCCUGGCAGGGAAUCACCAGGAGAACCCUCAAUUCUUGCAUGGAAGAAACUGUGGCCCGACUGCGUUGCUGAACGAGAUUUUAAGGGGUUCGAACCCGUCGAGGAGAGGCCAGUUGAAGAGGAGAUUGUAUCCUUGGGCAAGUCCAUGGGGCUGGAGUUUGACACGGACAACAUCAAGGACCUCCUGACUGAGCAUGGGCCAGCAGCUGACGACCGACGAGCUGUUGGAGCUGCACAACAAGCAACAGACAGAGGAGUAAGAAGGCAGUCGCUUCAUCGUUACCAAACGAUAAGUGAGGUUGCUGCUGCUGCUGCUGCUGUUGCUGUGUCUGCUGCUGUUGCUGUUGCUGCUGUUGCUGUUGUUGCUGCUGCUGUUGUUGCUGUUGCUGCUGCUGCUGUUGCUGGAAAAGUUAAAAAAUUGGGAAAGAAUAAAUGCACAAUAACUGUUCACGAGCACAUCCAGGGCAGUAAAGGAAUGGUAAUUCUUUUUUUUUUUUCCAGGUGUUGGGCUGAAUCAAGAGAUGAGGGGAAAUUUAAUUUGGAUGUCAUUGACUGGUUGAUCCGCUCUCAUUUGUUAAAUAUGCAGCUGUUUGAUGAACAAUUAGCACGUAUUUUAGAGGAUCCUCGCCUGCCUACGUUAAUGCCAAUGCAUUCUCGCUUUAUUAUGCAGCUAGUCCAGAUGUAUUUGGUUGAUGAUCCCAGCAACACAGUACUGAGUGAAUCCGAUCUGCAGCUCACUUUGGAAGGGUUAGUUCGCCUUUGUCACAGUCGCCAACCUCCAGAGGGCCUCUUUAUGUUGAUUGAAGCACUUAAACUGAAACACGAUCUCAUGAGCGGUGAAAGGUUGAGUAGUACUCACUUGGGAGGAAGCAGCGUCACUGGAAUAUCAAGUCUUCCAAGUCUUCACUUCCAUUCAGGCGUAACACAGGCUCGGGAUUUUCAAGACCCACCUGCUUUGCAGGAAAAGACUGAAGUUCUGUUGCGGGAAUGGAUCCAGAUGUAUCACUCUCCAACAGCCGGGCAAGGCUCAGCAUCAGCUUUCCAGCAUUAUGUGAAACAGAUGAAUCUACACGGUAUUUUGAAGACUGACGAUCUUAUUACUAGGUUCUUCCGCAUCUGCAUUUCAAUGUGCCGAGAUUUGUGCGUGCGUUCCAUUCUGGAACAUGGACAAGGCCCUGCAUCACCCACUUACAUGCGAAGCAAAUGUUUCCAGAAUUUGGAUGCGUUUGUGCGCCUCAUUGCCUUGUUAGUCAAACAUUCUGGGGAGGCCACAAACCCAACAACCAAGAUUAAUCUGCUGAAUAAGGUACUUGGUCUAGUCUCUGGCAUCAUGAUCCACGACAUAGAAACUAACGGAACUGAAUUCCAACAACUUCCAUAUCACCGUAUCCUGAUAAUGCUGUUCCUAGAAUUGAAUGCUCCAGAAGCCAUAUUAGAGUCUAUCAAUUUACCAGUUCUCAUGGCGUUCACCCAAACCUUACACCUACUGCGUCCCAGCAAGUGCCCGGGCUUUGCGUAUGCAUGGAUAGAAAUAGUGAGCCACCGUGUCUUCAUAGGACGUAUGCUGGCCAUCACUCCCCAGCAAAAGGGAUGGUCCAUGUAUUCGAUGUUGUUGAUUGAUCUCUUCAAGUUCUUAGCACCAUUCCUCAGGAAUGCAGAGCUUGCAAAACCGCUUACAAUGCUUUACAAAGGAACCUUGCGGGUAUUGUUGGUUCUCUUGCACGACUUCCCAGAAUUUCUCUGUGAAUACCAUUACGGGUUCUGUGACGUCAUCCCUCCAAACUGCAUUCAGAUGCGCAACUUGAUUUUGAGCGCAUUUCCCCGUAACAUGAGACUUCCUGACCCAUUUACUCCAAAUCUGAAAGUUGAUAUGUUGCCUGAAAUCACAAUAUCUCCCAAGAUUGUAACAAAUGUUGCCAAUUUAAUUCAACCGCCAGAAUUUAAGAAGAACCUGGAUUCUUACCUGAAGAAUAGAACACCAGUUACGUUCCUUUCAGAUAUGCGUACGUACUUACAGCAAGUUUCCAGUGAACCCGGGAUGAGGUACAACAUGUCUGUGAUGAAUUCUUUGGUGCUGUAUGUUGGCAUGCAGGCUAUUGCACAGAUUCAUAGUAAGGGGUUAACUCCUUCCAUGUCCACGAUUGCUCACUCCGCCCACAUGGACAUCUUUCAGAACCUCGGUGUUGAUUUAGACACAGAAGGUCGUUACUUGUUCCUGAAUGCCAUAGCCAAUCAGUUGCGUUAUCCAAAUAGCCAUACGCAUUACUUCAGCUGCACACUCUUACAUCUCUUUGCUGAAGCAAAUGCAGAAGCAAUUCAGGAACAGAUAACCAGGGUUCUUCUGGAGAGGUUGAUUGUCAAUCGACCACACCCUUGGGGUUUACUCAUCACAUUCAUCGAGUUGAUUAAGAAUCCUUCUUUUAGGUUCUGGAGUCAUGAGUUUGUCAAAUGUGCCCCUGAAAUUGAAAAGUUGUUUGAGUCUGUGGCACGUUCGUGUAUGGUUCAGAAGGCUACACGAGACCCAGAUGCAUGACCACAAGUGCUUCAGUCUUAUUGUGCCCUGGUGGAGACCUGACCACAUUGACAGCACAGCAUUUUCCUUAGAGGCAGCAGUCCAAGAAGUCAUUUUUAUUGUUAAGGGUUUGAAACAGGUUGUACUUAGAAUGAAGAAUAACCUGCCUUGAACUUCAUGCUGACAGCUGGUGCUCUACAUGUAGGACCAAAAAAAAAAAAAAAAAGCAUGAUAGGAAACGAAUAUUGUAAUGUAAAUAGGUGGAAAAGGAAUGAUUGAUUGUUCACUUGAUCUGAGGUGCUCACCUAGAUAUUAUAAUGACUCAGUCUGUGAAAGUUCUAUUUCAUUUAGUACUUCUGUUAUAAGUGUUGCGAAAUCCAUCAAGAGCAUAAAUUUAAAAGCUAUGUACCUCCUGUUUUUUUUUUUUUUUUUUUUUUUUUUUUUUUUUUUUUUUUUUUUUUUUUUUUUUUUUUUUUUUUUUUUUUUUUUUUUUUUUUUUUUUUUUUUUUUUUUUCUUUUCUUGUAGGUGUAGAUUAUCUAGAAAUUUAUUUAACAGGACCAAAUUUUUCUUCAUCUUCAAUAAUAUUACAUAGUUAUUGUUUUUGUUUUCAGAAACCAGCAUAUCGUUUCUAAAAGGCUGUAUAUUUUUUACAGAUUAAAUUCUGUAGUCAUAUUUAUAUUUUGGAGGCAGAUGUCACGUAAAGCCGAGUGUCAGUAUGCGUAGUAAUUAUUCCAGUGCAAAAGUGAUAUGUAUCUUUAUUACUCUUUGUGAUCUUCAACUUCCAGGGAACCAUGUGAUGAGCUAUACCUAAGAAUAUUAGAUAAUAUGUGUUGUAGAUUUUUUUAUCAGGACAUGUCUUUGUCUCUGCAAUGGUACUGGGAGAGAUUGCAUUGGGCAUCCACUCAGAUUACUAUAGAGAAGAAAUGCUUUAUUAUUUUCACAAUUGUUGGUGGUGGUAGUGGUGUGAAACUUGGGCCUAUGGAUCUCCUUAGCAGUACUAUGUCAACAGGAAGACCUAGUAGUGAGCUUUGCAGAGGCAUAGUAUCAUGUGACUUGUGCGUGAUAACGCUACAUAUGCAAAAAUGACAAUGGACACAAAAAAUGUACAAAAUCCCACCCUCCCCCUCUUCAUAAGCUGUAGGAUUCAAUCUUUGUAACAAAUAUUUAGUAGUCAUUGUAAGAUAGAGUGCAUUAGCCAUUUAAGAUAUCAUCAUGCCCUCAAGAGUAGGCUUCCAGUCACUCGAAAGUCUAUACAGGGUACAAUAACACACACACACACACACACACAACACACACACCAUAGGAAAUGAAGAGUGUGUCCAGUCCCGUUCCCACAGUGCACUCUAUUUCCUGUUAUAUAUUUUCUCCUUUUAUUGCCCAAAACAUCAUCAUCCGGAUGUGUAAUGCUUUGGCACAAAACAUUUUUAAUAAGUAGAAUUGUAUCUGAAAAGUUGAAUUAAAUGAAUUGGAAAGAGAAAAAUUGAAAAAAAAAAUCCAAUAUAAAUUCUGGUAUGUAAAUUACUUGAAUCAGGUGGGGUGAAAUAUGGAAGUAAAGUGGUUUUAUGUCUCAUUUUUUUUAAAGAGCUUAUUGCCUAAUGUAGCAUUACAGUAUUGUUUUGCAAUCAUUUUGUAUUAAAUUGUACAGUAGAAUUGUUGAUGGUUCAGACUGAAGAGGGAAAUGUUGAAUAAAUCACACUAAAUGUGUGCCUGUAUAGUUGAAUAUAUUUUUGUUGACCAUGUCUAAAGAUAUGCAGUUUGUCACUUUGUGUCAUAUAAUUUAGUCCACUCUAGGUUAAGGAUGUGAAUAAAGGUAUCUUGUAGCAAAGCAUAA